AUGCCACACCUGUCACUCGGCAACCCUAAUCCACUGGAAGUCGACGUUGCAGUGGUAGGGGCGGGUCUAUCCGGCCUUUCCGCUGCAAGAAAACUACUUGACGCCGGAAAGACCGUCACCAUUUUCGAAGCCAGAGACCGCGUCGGAGGCCGUGUCUUAAACCGAAAGCUCAAGAAUGGAGGCGUGACGGAGCUAGGCGCUGCUUUCGUUGGUCCUACCCAAGAUAACGUGCUUGCCCUGGCAUCAGAACUGGGCCUCGCAAUAUUCAAAGAAUACAAUUCUGGAACCAACCUUGCGUACUUCGGUGAUCGAAGAGUAGAAUUUCCCAGUGCAAGCACUGUUCCUCCUUUGGAUGAGGUGACUACUACCGAGAUUGGUACGCUUAUCUUUGAGCUCGAUUCGCUUGCUGCAACGAUCGAUGUUGAGCAUCCCUGGAAUCACCCAAACGCUACUCGCUUGGACUCGGUGACCCUCAGAGAUGCGGCUCACAGCAUCGUUACAACCAAUGAUGGAAGAGACGUGUUCGACUUAGCCGUCGAGACAAUAUGGUCAGCAGAAUCCGACCAACUCUCCUAUUUGUAUGCAUUGGCCUACAUUGCUGGAGCCGGCAACGAGACUACCCUCGGUACUUUCGAAAGACUCAUAUCAGUCAACGGAGGUGGGCAAGAAAGCCGCAUCGAGGGUGGUACUGGCCUCCUUCCCAAUGGUCUUGCGGACAAACUUGGCAGGGACGGGAUCCUCUUCAACAAUACAGUCCAAUCAAUCUCAAGGCAGGCUUCAGGCAAAUACUUGAUCAAGGGUUCCAGAAAGUCAGUUACAGCCAGCCAAGUCAUCGUAGCCAUGUCACCGCCACUUGCUGGACGCAUCACAUACUCGCCUCCUGUGUCUGCAAAACGCGCCCAGCUCAUGCGGCGCAUGUUCAUGGGCUCUAUCGGGAAGGCGAACGCAAUCUACACAUCUCCAUUCUGGCGUGAGACUGGAUUCACGGGCCAGGUCAUCGACACAGUAGGCGCAGUUCGGGCUACUUACGAUGAUUCUGACGAUGCAGCCUCAUACGGCGCAAUAUUAGGCUUCAUACAAGCUGAUCGGAUGAAAGCUCUAGACAACGCCACCGAGGCCGAAAUUCAAGAGCUGGUCGGGAAAGACUACAUGCAUUACUUCGGGCAGCAGGCUGCCGAUGUUGAGGAGUGGGCCAUCUUCCGAUGGGAUAAAGAGAAAUACUCGGGCGGUGGCCCUACUGCGCUGGCUGGAGUGGGGACCUUCCAGCGCUAUGGUACGGCUCUGAAGAAGGCUGAUGGAGGGAUUCAUUGGGCGGGAACGGAGGCUUCGGAUUAUUGGCCUGGCUAUAUGAACGGAGCGAUACGCUCUGGCGAGCGGGCGGCGGAUGAGAUUCUGAGAGGGGCUGACCUCGUGUAA